GCUAUGAGGAAAGACGUCAGAAAUGACUGAUGUGGAGCCUGUGGUCACAGAUUUUGCAGCAUCGGGGAGAGCAGGCCGCCGAAAUGCCUUACCAGAUAUCCUGGGUUCUUCUGCCGCUGGAGCUGGCACAUCAGAACUGCCACUUAAAUUAGCUGAACUAUCCGUGUCAGGAGAUGAAGAAGCUGAAGGUGGAGAAACCUCAUUCUCUGACACUGCAAUGGAAAAUCAAGAAGCAGAAGGAAAAGGCAUGGAUUCCUAAUGUCCAAGGAUGGCUUGGCUUGUGAUGAUCACCAACUGGUUUCGCUCCCAAUCUGUGCUAGACUCUGACACAAU